CACCAGCUGCUCCAUUUCCCUAGCUAAGCUAGCGAGAUCGAGAGCUCGAGCCGGCGAUCUCUCCCAGAUCGUCCCACCAGGAGACCAAACUUUGUAGUCGUAGAGACGAAUUAAUUAAAGAGCUAGUAGCGAGGAAACAUCAGAUCCACGGAGACGAUGGAGACGAUGCCGGCGGCGAACGGCGGGCGGGAGGCGGCGGCGAGGACGUCGUCGUCGUUCGGGAAGAGGGAGGGCCAGCAGCAGCAGGCCGGCGUGGGGUGCGGCGGGCAGUGCUGCUUCCAGAUGCCGCUGCACUACCCGAGGUACAGCCGGGAGGAGUACGAGGCCAUGCCCGAGUGGCAGCUCGACCGCCUCCUCUCCGAGUACGGCCUGCCCGCCACCGGCACCGUCCACCACAAGCGCACCUUCGCCAUGGGCGCCUUCCUCUGGGGCGCCGGCGCCGGCAACCACUGACUCAUGAUCGCUCGAUCCACCUGCUGGCCUGGCUAUGCCAGCAGUUCAUCGCCUACACCUAUAGCUUCCUGAUGGCCUGAUGAUCUUGAUCGAUCAGCGGCGUAGAUCGUCGAUCUAGCUAACUUACUAUAGCUUUUUUUCCCUUCCUUCCACUAUAUAUGCAUAUUGUUACCGUGUGCGAUCGUGUGUAUGCACGUUAUUAGUUGUCUAGUACUAUACAGUAGUAUCUAAGCUAUAGUUUUGUGCUCAGGUCUUGUAUCUUUAUUUGGUGAGGAUGAUUCAUCUUGUUUCUCCGCUAAUUAGCACUACCGGCGCAUGCAUCAUCAUCCCGUUGUUACCGUACUAGAUAUAUAGAGAGAGAGAUUCACAGAUCUCGUGUGCCUAGCUUGUAAAAUAAUGUGCCGGUUUAAAUAUGUACGUUUUGUCUCCAUAUAUAUGUGUAGAUAUAUAUUUGGCUGCUA